AACUGUCAGUCACGUGUUCCCAGCCGUUUGUUGUGAGUCGUCGCUUGUUAGUUUCCAUUUUUUUAAUCCGAUGUGAACGGAAUGUCCUCGUUUGGUGAAUCGAGCAAAAAUAUCUAUCCGACGCUACUGACCGAGUGCCACUUGGAGGGUCUCAAACGGGAACUUUUCCUACGCGAACGGAUUGUUAUUUUCAUACAAACCACGGAAUUGUGGAACCAAAUCAAGCACUACUCUUUGGAGUUCCACGAACGUUACAUAGAAAGUGGGAGCAAUCCUGAAGUAUUGCUCGGGCCACUGAUUGUGACACUACGCGUUAACUACGAAACAUUGAAAAAGUUUGACACCAAACUACUAAAAGACUUCGUCGGCGAGCCAAUCUACUACGAGAAAGCAUUCCGUGAGGUGACACUCAGCAUCGUCAAUUCGUUCUUCGAGCAACUGGAGGUGUCCUUCAGAGUUCGUUUGGAGCAGAUUCACUGUCGGCUGCGAACGAAACUUCCACUGGAAGAUCGCUAUCUCUUCCAAACGCAACCCAAUAACGUGUCGGUCGGGUUGACAACGUUCCGGUGCGUUAUACAAGGGUACAGCUCGGUUCAGAAAUACAUUCUUCAAUCAAUUUGGCUGUGCACGGCAGAUUCCAAUCGGGUGGCCAUUGCCGGAGAAAUCAAGCGGGCUCCCACGUGCGAAGAUUGCGGUAAUCCCAUGCAGGAGAAUCAACGGGCCCGUGCCGUAUCAGACUUCUGCACCGUACGAGCGUUUUCCGUCGACUGUUUGCGGACGCGGUCCACUGUUGGACGAAUCUACCAGAGCGUACUGGUACGGCUGGCGGACGAUCUGUGCGAACCGCUGAAGCUCGGAUACGAGUACGUCAUCACCGGGGUAUUCAAUCCGCUGAAUCAGUUCUUUGAUGCGUGGGCUUUCGAAGAGCUGUAG